UGUUUUCCCUCGCGCCGCCGUCGCCGUGCGCAGCCACCGGCGCCGGCUGCGUCCAGCCGUCGCCUGCGGUCGCCUGCCGGCGCUGCCGCCGUUUCCCUGGCCUGCGCCGCCGCGCUGCCGCCUCCCUGCCCCUGUCCUUCGUCGUUGCCCCGUGCCCUUCGUCGUUGCGACUGCAGUUGUAUAGUUUCCAACUUUUUAAGCAUCGCGAGUUCUUUAGAAGAGUCCAGAAGACUAAUUGAAGACCGUUGACAGACCGUUGAUAGGAAGAUCUUCACAAAAAACGACAACGCGGACGAUGACGAGCCAUCUCGACGAGCCUUUACUCCGUGGCAAAGAUGAGGAAGAAGAAAAACUACAAGACGACGAGGUGUUUAACGACGUGGAGGAGCAGCGGCUCCUGCCUCGCUGCAGCACAGGCGGCGCUUCGUUCUACAGCAACGGUAGUGCCUCCUUCUGGCGAAGCUGCCUGAACCUGAGCAAUGUGAUUUCGGGCAUCGGGAUGCUGUCUGUGCCGUACGCGCUAGCGCAGGGCGGGUGGCUCAGUCUGGUGCUCUUCGCCAUGGUCGGCGCCAUCUGCUUCUACAGCGGCAAGCUCGUCGACCGCUGCAUGCGUGCCGACCGCUCCGUCCGGAGCUACCCGGACAUCGGCCACCUCGCAUUCGGCGCCGUCGGCCGGACGGCCAUCGGUGUCAUCAUGUACACCGAGCUCUACCUGGUCGCCAUCAGCUUCCUCAUCCUCGAGGGCGACAACCUUGACAAGCUCCUCCCUGGCACGACGGUGGAGCUCCUAGGGUACCAGCUGCACGGGAAGCAGCUGUUCGUGCUCCUAGCGGCAGCCGUCAUCCUCCCGACCACCUGGCUGAAGAACCUCGGCAAGCUCGCCUACGUCUCGGCGGUCGGCCUCAUCGCGUCCAUGGCGCUGACGGCGUCCCUCGUCUGGGCUGGCGUCGCCGAGAACGGCUUCCGCACCGGCGGCGGCAACCUCUUGAACCUGAGCGGGUUGCCCUCGGCCCUCAGCCUCUACUUCGUCUGCUUCGCUGGCCAUGGUGUAUUCCCGACCGUCUACACCUCGAUGAAGAGAAGCAGGGAUUUUCCAAAGGUUUUGUUGAUCUCUUCAGUGUUGUGCAGUCUCAAUUAUACAUUGACAGCAGUGUUGGGAUACAUGAUCUACGGUGACGAUGUGCACGCACAGGUGACACUAAACUUACCCACAGGGAAGCUGUACACGAGGAUCGCCAUCCUAAUGACACUAAUCACCCCGCUGGCGAAGUACGCUCUCGUGAUCCAACCUAUCACGACGGUGAUAGAGGAGAAGCUGAAGAGAUCAGCAACAACGAUGCCCAUGCCAGGCAACAAUGGGCUUGGUAGGGUGUUCACCAGCACUAUCAUCGUCAUCACCAUGGUGGCGCUGGCGUGCACGCUCCCCUUCUUUGGCUACCUCAUGUCGCUCAUCGGGUCGUCACUGAACGUCACCGUCGCCGUCCUAUUCCCGUGCCUAUGCUACCUCAAGAUCUACAUGCAUCGGGGAAUCCACCGUCUCGAGGUGGCAGCGAUCAUCGGGAUACUGCUAUUUGGGGUGUGUGCCGCUGUCAUAGGCACUUACACCUCCCUUCACCAGAUUAUCGGCACAUUUUGAUAUACACUAGCUCUUAUCAUUUCGCUUCUGGUUAUGCUUAUAAGCAGAAAUUUUAGUUUUUAGCUUUAAAUUUAAAGUUUAUUUUAAGAGGUUUUUUU